AUGGAACCACUCCAAAUCUACAGACAACCUAAUUUAAAUCAAACACCACAUUCACUUAUGCUUGGAUGUGGUCAAUUGACUACAACUCAACCGAGCACUAUAUUUGGGAAUUCAUUGUUGGACAAUAGAGGAGACGUAACAAUUAUAAACAAUGCAACAAGAGAAGGAAAUCCCAAUCCACUCCUCCAUACAAGAAAACUUUCCAAACAUUUGAGUUUUGUUAAGACUCCACCAACUGAAGAUUCUCAACAACUCUUAAUUGCUCCAAAUACAACAAUUCCAAAUAUUGGAAACUCAACUAAUGUACAAGAUCCUCAAAACAAUAGACCACCUCUUCAAAUACCUCCAAAGAGCGCUUCAAUAACAAACAUUGAAAACAAAAAGAAGAAUCUUAAUGUUCAGAUACCACCGGUAGAGAAUAACCACUUCUCAAUCAUGAAAGUUUCCUCCCAUUCUGCUGCAGCAUCAAAUGCAACUUCAGCUUGUUCUUCAGUCAGCUCCUCUCCAUCAACAAUUAGUACAAGCAGCACCAAUCUUUCAAUUGGAUCAUCAGCUAUAAACAAAUUGAAUCAACAAUCACAUACCAUAGAAUCAGGACUCAUUGAAAAUAUGACAAGUAAGAAGAAGAGAGGCACUACAAGAGAGAAUAUCAUUCUAUUGGAUUCAAUCUUGAGGGAGAGAAGGGAUAUUUUCUAUGCCAUUCUCAAUAAUGUUACAAAAAUUAGAUUAUACAGAAAGAAGAGAAGAAAUCCAACACAUAACAAUCGUUCAAUGACAACAGCCAACACAACCAUGAUGCAUACUCAAACAAUGACAAGUCCAAAAGAAGAGUUUGGAAAUGAGUAUAUUGUUAAAUUGAAUAAUGGGCUCAAAUGUGAAGCGUUCGAAACUUCUACAGCUCAAGAAUUUGAAACCUAUGGACACAAGCGUCAAUUUAAAGCGUCCAUGUAUUAUACUCAAAAUGAAAUGGACAGACUAGAGAAUCAAUCCAUGAUGGAUCCAAGUCCACUUUUGAGAGAGGAUAAACUUUCCUUCCUCGAUCAAUUGCAUGGACUUCACAAACCCUCAGUACAAAGCUAUCGUGUCAUUGAUUUGAUUCAUCCCUAUCAUUUAUUCUCCACAGAAUUGGAAAUUAUUGAACCAAAGAGUGGAAGAGAUUUGGGAAGAGUUAUGAAAAAGAGCUACUCUCUCAGAACUCAAUAUUUGAUUCAAACUGUUGAAGGUGUGAAAAAGCAAGCGAAUGGUAAUUUAUCCAGUCAUGACAAGUACAAAUAUGCAACCUUAUUUAUCAUUACAAAACAUAAAUCAAAUGGAAAAAAGGAAGAACCAAGUGAAAAGCAUGUUUUAGAUCAAUUUCAAGUGAGAAAUAUUGAGGGAGAGAAUGUAGCAACAAUCACUCAUAAAUUCAAUUCAGAUUAUGAAUUGAAAGGUUACACUCCUGAUUAUAUUAAGUUCACUCCUUUGUUUAUUGCUUGCCAAAAAGGAAAUUUAGAAAUUGUCAAAUUGCUACUUGCUUCCCCAAAUAUCGUUGUUGAUAACAAUUUAAAAAUUAAUGGAAAAUCAAUUUCCAUAAUUAAACAAGAAGUCGACAAACUCGAAAAGGAAAGAAUUGAAAAGGAAAGAAUUACAAAAGAAAUGUUGGAAAAGAAGAGACUUGAAAAGGAACGUGCUGAUCAAAUAAGAUUCGAACAAGAAAGAAUUGAAAACGAAAGACUUGAACAGGAAAGAAUUGAAAAGGAAAAGAAACAAACUUUCCUUUCAGUAUUUCAAGUUUUCACAGAGUUGUGUUCAUUGAAUGAGAAAGUUUCUCAAUAUAGAAAACAAGUAACUUCUCAAUUGAAUUCGGUAAUUCCACUUUCAGAUCAAUUAUCAUUUGAUACUGAGCUACAACAAGUUUAUUCGAAAAUUAAUGGAGUUUUAUCCGAAUGUUGUUCAACUAUUAAUGAUAGAUUGAUGAAUAAUAAGUGUGAUAUUGAAAAUGUUGAACAUGUGGCUUUAAUUAAUAAUGACAUGUUAAAUAUUACAAAUAUAGUAGAAAGAAUUAAUUCAGAAAAUUAUUUAAUUCAAUUGAAUAGCUAUAUUCAAGCAUUAGAUGAAAAAUUACAAAUAUUUGAUGAAUUUGUUCAAAAUUACUUGAAUCAAGAUCAAUUACAAUAUUACAAUGCUAAUGAUAACCUAAAUAAGGAAUUAACAAUUGAAAAAAUUCAAAAAACACUUAAAAGUUUAAAUGGUUCAACUACAGAUUCAAAUUAUGAAGGAAAAUCCAAAAAUGUUUUACAAAAUAUUUCAACUCAAUUACAAAAUAUUGCAUCAUCCAUUAAUAAUGCCACAAGUGUUAAUUUGAAUGGAAUUGCAAAUAAUUUAGAGAUUGCAAUGGAAAUGCUUUCAAAGGAGGAAUUGGAAUUACAAAAAGCAAUUUCUAAUACUAAAAAUUUGCUUCCUGAACUAGUUCAAAUUGGAAUUUAUCAAAUUUAUUGUGAUUAUCAAAAUCAAUUUAAUAAUGGAAACAAGCUCAUUCAAGAAACCAUUCCAUUCAUUAUUGAACAACAUGAACAAUUGCAAAAUAUUGUAAACAUUAUGAAUGAUUACAAGCAAUUGACAGAACAAUAUUCUGCUUUACAAAGAAAGAAAGCAAGAGUAACAAGAGAAUUGACCAUUAUUAAACUUGACAUUGAUGGAUUGAGAGAUGAAUUAGUACAUGUUACAAACAAGACUGAAUCCAUGCAAAUUGAGGAUGAAAUUAAAGAAAAGGAAACAACCUUACAAGAAAAAAAGAAAGUACUCAAGGAAUGUAUUGAACAGACAAAUGAAAUCAAGUUGAAGUUCCUCCAAUUGAAAACUAUUGGAUUCAAUGUUGAGUCAAUCCUGUCAUCAAGUAUUGCAUCCACAAUGAAUAUUGAAGAAAUGUCAGCCGAUUUAUUCAAAGAAAUUAAGCCAAUUCAAGAUUGGAAUGGAAAUCAUCACUUGUUUAUUGGAACUGAUAUUAACGAUAAGAAACAUAUCAUUAAACAAUAUUCAAUCAAGGAUAACAAAAAAUUGGAAAGUUUACAAAAAGAACUCAAGAUUACAAAAAAGUUGAAACAUAACAAUAUUAUUGAAAUUGAAGGAUUUUACAUGUCUAAUGAUAAUAGCCAUUCCACCAACAAUGUUUAUAUUGUAAUGCCAUAUUAUUCGAAUGGUAAUUUGAAGGAAUUUCUUGAAAAACAAAGAAAAUCCACCAAAUUAGAAGUACUUUUUUGGGAAAGAACAUGGAGACAAGUAUUAAUUGCCAUUCAACAUAUUCAUUCCAGAGGUGUCAUUCAUUGUGAUAUCAAACCUGAGAAUAUAUUUGUUGGAGAAUGUAACAAUGGUCUAUAUCCAAUUAUUUUGGGAGAUUUUGAUGUUAGUUUGGAUGUUCAAAGUAGAACAAUGAAUUUGUACACUAGAACUUCUGUUUCUGGAACAUAUGACUAUCUAUCACCUGAAUUAAUGAAUGGUCAAUCAGCAACAUUCAAAUCAGAUAUGUUUGCAUUUGGAAAAACCAUCAAGAAUUGUAUGACUGCUCAAGAAUUGAAUACUUACUCAUCAUUGAAUACUCUAGUUCAACAAUGUAUGACUAAUGAUCCAAAUGACAGACCAUUUGCAUCAGAUGCUCUUGUUUGUGAAUUCUUUUUGAAGGAUACUCUCUUGGAUGAAAUCAAAGUUCAAGAACAAGUCAAAUCCAUUUCAAAUCAAUCAAAACAAUUGAAGGAAUAUGAAAAACAAUUGAAUCAAGUUAAAUUCAAUCUCAAACAAGAUAAAUCCAAUCUCACACAAGAAAUCAAGAAACUUGAACAGAAAACAAAGGAAUUCACCAAUCAAAGUGUUAAGGAAAGAGAAGAAAUUACAAAUCAAAUUAGCAGAUUGAAAAGUAAGGAAAAGAAAUUACAAGACAUGGAAAAGGAAUUGGAAGAAUCCAAAUCUAGACAAUUGAAUAUUGUCUUGCCAAGUUAUUGGAAGAGAAAUACAUUCACAUCCUAUUCUAAAAGAUUUUACAUUGUGGAUGUUACAAAAUAUUUGAAAAAUACCAUUCAAGAUAUUGUCAAUGUUUCAUGUAAUUCUGCAACACUUGGAACUGGUAGAGAUCAACAAGUGAAAAUGAAUUAUUCCAAAUUAAUUGUUUCAAGUGUUUCAAGAAUUGAAAAUGCAACACUUUUCACUUCAUACAAAUCAAGAAUGAAUCAUUUGACAUCUUAUCAAGAUCCUAUCAAGACAAUCCAAGUUCAAACAGAACUAUUGCCAAAAACAAGCAAAUCCUACGAAUGGAUGAAAACAGUUGGAUUGAAUAGUGGAAUGAAUGAAAAGUACUUAUGGCACGGAACAAAACCUGAAUUUGUUUCAACCAUUUCAGAACAUGGAUUUGAUGAAAGAGUUGCAAGUUUGGGUGGUUUAUUUGGAGCUGGAGUUUAUUUUGCUGAGUAUUGUUCAAAGAGUGACCAAUAUUGCACUCCAGACCUUAAUAAGGAAUAUACUAUAUUCCUGUGUAGAGUUGUUUUGGGAAGACAAGUCUAUUUCACACCCCAAGGAAUGACCAAUCAAAGAAGACCUCCAGAAAUUGUUGGAAAGAAUAGAAGAGUCUUUGAUAGUGUGAUUGGCCAAUCAAAUACUACAAGUAAUUCAUAUAGAGAAUUGAUUGUCUAUGAUAGAUAUCAGUGCUAUCCUGAAUAUAUCAUCAAAUACAAGAGACAAUAA